AAUGGUGCUCGUGCAUUUCAUUGACUGGCUCCUUGACGGGCAAGAUCAAGGGGCACCUCAAGACGCAAGAUUCAUCUGCUCCCGUCCGCUUUGCAACACUGUCUAGCUAGCAGCUAGCUAGUAGUCUACAGCUCAAAGUGCGUAUUUACAUCCAUAACAUUGGCUCAGUCACAGAUCCUGCGACCACCAACUCGUUCCGGCUUCACACACAUUCUAAAAACUGCGACCGAAAGGACUCGACAGUAGAUGUCGCGCUGAAGCCUUGCACUCUCACAGUGCCCUCUUCAUCGAUUGCUCUUCACGUCGUUAUUCAGCUCUGGAGUGUUGCAAAAGAGCAGUAACUAGCUAGCAGAAGGAUACUAAAAGCAAUGACGGAAAAGGCAAACGCAAAACUGGAGCUGCCAAAAGAAAUCAAUGAAGAACCCGCACUUUCCUCGAGACAAGGGAUUGGGGGUAAAACGGAGAAGCCUUUGCCAAAGAGGGGUCUCCCAGAUGUGGUGGACGUGGAUGAAUGGGUGGACCGCAUGAACAAAGUUGACGCCAAAGCAGUCCGUGCCAGUACCGGUACUAGUAGCGUCAACGAUGUAGUCAACGCCGGACUCGGAGCAAUCCGCGUGACCCAGGACGACCGCGAUAUCGAUGCCAAGGAGCUUCCAGUGAGGAGACACGGGCGGGAAAAGGAGCCGGGCUCGGCCAAGCAAGGCUUCACAAAUGAUGUGGAUGUUGAUGAAGUGGCGAUGCUGGUCAGGAGGCUUGAGAAUGAGAGCAGCGCUAUUUCAAGUGUCCCGGUUAGUAAUAUGGAUGCAUUCAUCCAGUUGGGACAAUCCGACUGGUUCACCAUUCCAGAGCCAAUUCCCCCAUCCUCUAACGAUAACAAUAACGAAACAGAAGAAACGCAGCCAGGUGCAUUCCCUCAGCGAGGUAUUGGAUACGAGGGGCGAGCUGGCGAUGAUUCAGACACUUUCAGUGUUUGCACCCAACAAGAAGGCAGCCCAAGUCCGAGCCCAUUGGUAUCUGAGGAUGCACCUGGUUGUAUGAUUCACACUAAUCACCAGCAAGCUCUUGCAACUUGUUCUCAUUUGCCAUUGGAAGGCUUGGUACAAGCUAACCCAGUGGAACAUUCUUCUGGUGAAUUCGUCGUCACACAAGAAGCCAGGCAAAUUGAUGACCUGGAAUCACAAAGAGAAAUGAAGAAGGAACAGCAAAACAGCAAAACAAAGAAACAGCUUACACUGAUGGCUUUACUGGCUGCAUUACUGGUGGUUGGUGUGAUUGUGGUGGUGGCUGUGGCUUCCAGAUACAAGAACGACGAGACUAGUCUUACCAACACAACGGUCAAAUCCAAUGACGACAAUAGCACGAUGCCAACAGCGGACAGCGAUGAAUAUGACACGUUUUCUCUCAUCAGUCCCUAUUUGUCCAAUACCACUCGCUAUGCCAUUGAACAAGAGAGAGAUUCUGGUGCGAAUGUUUCCUCCUCCUCCUCCAGUCCUCAGUACCGGGCCUAUCAAUGGCUCCAAGCCGAUCCCUGGAAACAGAACUAUACCACGGUCCACCUUUUGCAGAGAUUUGCUUUGGUGACUUUCUAUUUUGCCACCAAUGGUGACCAUUGGGAGAACAAUGGAGUGGGAGGUGUGCAAGAAAUAGAUUAUCGAGAAUUUGAUACACCUCCAUUGCGAGCCAUCCUGGCAGGUUCUGGACCCCCACAAGACGCCCCUGGUGGUGCUGCGUCUCCGUUGGCCGGUAGUGACGAAGUACACCCCCAGGACGAAGAAAGCAAUGCUAGCAACUCUACCGAAAAUGGUCAAAGAGACUUGCAGCUAAGUCAAAACGACCUCACACUGACCGUCCCCUCAGAAAUGUGGCUCUCCUACAACACCAGCGAAUGCAUGUGGUUUACCUACACACCCUUUCGAUUUCAAACAGCUUGCAACGAGGACAAUGCAUUCCAAUACCUAGACCUACCACAAAAUGGUCUUGGAGGGAGGUUGCCUGCAGAGAUCAGCCUUUUGACAGGCCUUAAAAGUCUCUAUCUCAAAUGGAACAAAAACAUCGACGGACCAAUCCCACCAUCAAUUGGAGCAUUGCAGCAGCUGGAAAUCAUUGAACUAGGAGACAAUCAAAUAACUGGGACUCUUCCUAGAGAACUUGGUUUGCUGCAAAAUCUCUGGACAUUGAGUGUCCUGAACAACCAGCUCCAUGGGACACUCCCAAAAGAACUCCUUCAAAUGGCCAACCUGGAAAACCUCAUGGUCGGUCGUAAUGACCUGACAGGGAGCUUCUUCUCACCUGAUGACGCAAUCUGCCAAAGGUGGCCCAAGCUGAGAACUGUCAUGUUGGGGCGAAAUAAAAUGGAAGGUCCAUUACCGGCAUUCGCCAACUGCUCAAACUUGGGGGCUAUCCAUCUCAAUAGCCAGGGUUUUGAAGGUACCAUUCCAACUGAAUGGGGGAGCUUGGCCAAACUCCAGAAGAUACUUCUUUAUGCAAACCAAGGCAUUGCAGGACCUGUGCCAGACUUUGGACACCUUGCAAAUCUUACUGAAUUUAAGGUCGAGGGAACCAGCAUCACAGGAACAAUACCUGAGGCGCUCUGUGCUCGACGGGGACCAAGAGAUCUUCCUGUUGCAAAGUUUGACUGCUCUCCCCAACUCUGCGGCUGUGAUUGCCCUUGCAACUAACAUUUCGAAAACUAGAAGAUGGACAGGACAGCAGUGUUCGUUUCUCAUGAUCAAGUUUGCGCAAGCCAAUACCAGACGCUAACCAACCUAACACUGACCCCAACCGUAACAGCUGCAACUUGAACGUUGUCAUUACCUAGUACGAUACUGCUUGUAGAGAUGUUCAAAGCUCGCGCCUCAAGG